CAGAGGAUGAUGUGGACCUGGAAGUGCUGGUGAGUGAUAUGAACGCAUCUCUGGAGAGCCUUUACUCAGCUUGCAACAUGCAGUCCGAUACGGUGCCUCUCCUGCAGAAUGGGCAGCAUGCCCGCAGCCAGCCACCAGCCUCGGCCUCAAAGCCUGCCCAGCCACAGGCGUCCCCGAGGCAGAAAGUGCAGCGCUCCCAGCCGGUGCACAUCCUCGCUGUCAGAACACAGUCCACACUGUGUGGAGCUAGGUGGCCACUCCACACUCAGAUGGGCUGGGUGGAGCCAGGGACAGAGGACAAUCCUAGAGCAGAAAGGUUCCUGGAAGACCAUGAGCUGGUGGUCCAGGUGGAAGGUACCAUGGGAAGUGAGAGUAAAUUCUUAUUCAGGAAGAAUUAUGCGAAGUAUGAGUUUUUUAAGAAUCCAGUGAACUUCUUCCCAGAACAGAUGGUUACUUGGUGCCAGCAGUCCAACGGCAGUCAGACCCAGCUUUUGCAGAAUUUUCUCAAUGCCAGCAGCUGUCCUGAAAUUCAAGGGUUUUUGCAUGUGAAAGAGCUGGGAAGAAAAUCUUGGAAAAAGCUAUACGUGUGUUUGCGCAGAUCAGGCCUUUAUUGCUCUACAAAGGGAACUUCAAAGGAGCCCAGACACCUGCAGCUGCUGGCUGACCUGGAGGAAAGCAACAUCUUCUUCCUGAUCGCGGGGAAGAAGCAGUACAGCGCUCCCACAGACCAUGGGCUCUGCAUUAAGCCAAACAAAGUGAAAAAUGAAGCUAAAGAGCUGAGACUGCUCUGUGCCGAGGAUGAGCAAACCAGAAUCUGCUGGAUGACAGCGUUCAGACUCCUCAAGUAUGGAAUGCUCCUCUAUCAGAACUACCGCAUCCCUCAACAGAGAAAAGCCUUGCUGUCUCCCUUUGCUACACCAGUGCGCAGUGUCUCUGAGAACUCCCUCGUGGCAAUGGAUUUUUCUGGGCAAACAGGAAGAGUGAUAGAGAAUCCGGCUGAAGCCCAGAGCGCUGCCCUGGAAGAGGGCCAUGCCUGGCGGAAGAGAAGCAUGAGGAUGAAUAUCCUGGGAAGCCAAAGUCCCCUUCAUCCUUCUACCCUGAGUACAGUGAUUCACAGGACUCAGCAUUGGUUUCAUGGCAGAAUCACCAGAGAGGAAUCACACAGGAUCAUUAAGCAGCAAGGCCUCGUGGAUGGGCUUUUCCUCCUCCGUGACAGUCAGAGUAAUCCAAAGGCAUUUGUACUCACACUGUGUCACCACCAGAAGAUUAAAAACUUCCAGAUCUUACCUUUUGAGGAUGAAGGGCAGACCUUCUUCACUCUAGACGACGGGAACACCAAAUUCUCUGACCUGAUCCAGCUGGUCGACUUCUACCAGCUCAACAAAGGAGUGCUGCCUUGCAAAUUGAAGCACCACUGCAUCCGAGUGGCCUUAUGACCUCACACAUCCUCUCAGCGGAAGAAGGGAGGAAGUGCACACUGGAAGGAAGAAGAGGUCUAAACGAGGGAUGAGAACGUACAUCUUCCGCACCUUGGGACUGAGAGCAACAUGGGUUCGUUUUUUGGUGCCAGCCAAUCAAGAUCGACUGGUUUGUUGGACUUUGUUAAGAUUUGCUGCUG